AUGUCGGCCCAAAAGGCCGCGGGACGUCGCCGGCAGGCGGCCGCUUCCCCCUGGGCGCUCGCACCUCGCGUCACCAUCGACCACACCGCCUUCCCACACAUCAUGGAUAUGAUUAUCAGCUACACCACCCACAAAGCGUGGCUGCUCUUGCGCCAGACGUCGCGAGCCUUCCGUGACCGCAUGGAAGCUCGUAUGUGCUAUCACGUCCAGAUCACCGAGGACCACGGCUUCUGCUUCCCCGCGGUCAAGAAAUCCCAACGCAAACACAUGCGCAUCCCUUGCCUGCGUCUCGAACCACCAUUCCUCGAACGCACAGUCAACUUGCUCAGCCAGUAUCUGCGUGUCUUGGACGAUAACGCGGACAUGGUUCGUGACCGCACCGAGCCGGAUGUUUUCACGGACUACAUUCCGCCGUUUGACCCUGCUGUGGCUUUUUGCCGCCUCCGUCUUGUCCGUCGUGAUGUCGGUCGCCUGAAAAUACACGUUCCAAAAUGUGUCUGGUGGGGGCGCCUUCCAGCCGCAUUUGCCCCUGACCAUGACCGUACUCACGACUGGUUCAAUUUUCUCUCAACAGGAACUCUCUCUCUUGAAUCGUCAUUUGCUUCCCGCGCUCAAGUAUUCCACUACGACUAUGACAAGAGGUCUGUGGUAUUCCCGCCUGAAGACCUGGUCAUUAUCCCCGGUUGGGACGACGCGGAGACGUUUGUGUUCAUCUUCACGGAACACCGUCGCAAACGCUUUGCCUUCGGCACGGACGACAGCUCUCGCGACCGUCAUGAUGAACUUGUCGAGGCCGACAUGAAGAAAUACGCGCAACUCGCCGGUGCCCAGUGCGGCCGUCUUCCUGGCGACGUAGAGCUAGAUCAGAUUGCAAGUCUCAUUGGCGUACCGGAUGCCCUCCGGAUGCCCGAACCUGUCAAACUCAUCAUCGUCGGUCUUGAAGAACUCAUCGAUACGGCGGCUCUGCGGUUAGACGAUUCAGAGGAGGAGAUGAACGCCUCACCACACGAGCUCCUUUACUCGCAGCUCGAAGCUCAUUGCGAAGUGGAGGUCGGACUUACUUCAAGCGAGGCCGCCACCUUCUUAGAGCGCAUAACCUUCAUGAGUCACGAAGACUACGCCGCCCAUGUCGGUUAUGAGCAGUACCGCCUGGAAACCAGUCGCAUUGCCCGCGCUGAGCCCAGCGCUCACCAUUUCCCGUUUCAGUGA